CGAAAGGUAGAUCAGCUCUGCAUUUCUCCAAGAUCUCAGCCCCCGAGUAAAUCACUCUCUCUUACCUCUCCAAUGGCGACCGCGACCCCGUUAUUAUCGUCCUCUAAAUACUCCGACAGCCUCACGGUGGUUGCGAUUUCCUUCUGCACCGCCGUUGUCUGCGAAGCCAUCUCGUGGGUUCUCAUCUACCGCACUAACUCCUACAAGUCCCUCAAAUCCUCCAUCGAUAAAGCCGCGAAGAAGCUGGAGACUAUGAAAACCGAGAACCCGUCAAGUAAGCUAAACAGCAAGAAGUCAAAGACGAAGAAAAUCGACCGGGUUGAGUCCAGCCUCAAGGAAUCGAGCCGAGAUUUAUCUAUGUUCAAGUUCAAGUCAGGUGCUGUCGUGGCUUUGGUUCUUUUCGUUGUUUUCGGGUUGUUGAAUUCUCUGUUUGAAGGAAAAGUUGUAGCUAAGUUGCCCUUCAAGCCUAUUGGGAUCGUGCGGAAAAUGAGCCACAGGGGAUUGCAGGGUGAUGAUCCAACAGAUUGCUCGAUGGCCUUCUUGUAUUUGCUUUGUUCGAUUAGUAUUAGGACUAAUUUGCAGAAGUUUUUGGGUUUUUCACCGCCCAGAGGAGCUGCAGCUGGUGGUGGAUUGUUCCCCAUGCCGGAUCCCAAGACGAAUUGAUUAAGGCUUUGUUCUCGUCUUUUUCAGGGUUUUAAGGAACCUGGUCUUCUCUUUUUUGCUCGCUCGGGAAUAAUAGCCAUUGCGGAUUGCUGUUUGGGCUUUGAUAUUUACUUGAACUAUACGGAUCUUUUGCAGCUUGUAGAAUGCCAUAUAAAAUACCACUUAUAACUAUCUCCAUCUUC